UUUUCCUCCACUUCUACUCCAGACCUAACCCCGAUCUGCAGCAAACCAAAGCUGCUUCCUUUUUUUUUUUCCUGAAGAUGUCUCACGGUAUCGUGCAAAAGAUUCACACUCUUCUUCUCUCUCUCUCUGUAUUUAUAUAUUUAAGAUUCUGCAGACCUGUUAUUUCCACCCUCGGUAAUUAAAUUACUUAAUUCAUUUUAUUAAAAAUUUCUUUAAAAAUUUUAAAAUUAUUUGUCAUGUCACCUCUUAAAAGGAAAUCGAAUAUUGUUUCCAAAAUAUAAAAAUCUUUUUGGGGUCAGAAUAUCCAACUUUAAAUUUAAGGAAAACGAAGGGUCUCUCUCUACGUUACAUAAAUAUUACGGAGAUAUUUUGUAACAAGAGAAACGUAGUACGGUGCAUUUAACAACGGAGAGCCAAUCUCAGCCGUCCGAUAAAGACCACACUGUGUAAUAAAUGAGCUACCAUCUCCAUAGAGCAUGUGAAGCACUAACGCUAGAAACUGAUCCCGUUUCCGUUUAAGACUUGACGGUGCCGUUACCCACGCAUCGUUUUAUUUUUCCUCUUGUCUGGAUCGUGGCAGGCAAACGUGUCGGCUUCUGUAUUAUACCCCGGCCAGAGUUUUUACUUUUUUCAUUACUAGCACUGUGGAAUUGGUUAAUUACACAAUGUGCCUUUUUUUUACUAGGACCCACUGCCAUGGCUAAAACCCACACGCCACAAGCCACAGCCAUGACUCGUUAUGGGACGAGCGCCUUGGUAAGCGUGCGAGUUGUGUUAGCACGUGCCGAGUCAGGUCCAAGUCGCGCAUGUGCUUCUUUUUACCCAUUUUCUUCACGCGCUUUCUUUGUUUUUGUUAUUUACGAUUACAACAAAACGAAAGCCGUGAUUAUUGUAUAUAAUAAGGUGAUAAUUAUGCAUAUAACGAUCAUCGUAUUAAGAAAAAGGAUUAAUAUAACGUUCAAAUGAAAAAACAUAUAAACCGUGAGAGAGGAGGGGGAAUCACGCGCUUCAGGAAACGAGAGUGGAGAAAAGUGAAAAUGAAGAAGCCAUGCCGAAGUGUCGGAAGAGAAAGUGGUCCCCAUCUGGACACGUCAGAGAGAUAAAUUGCCACGCUGUAAGGUCGUAUUCGAGACUGACACAUGUCAAAUGCUGACUUGUCCUACCAGUUUGCUCAAUUACAGAGGAAGAAAACCUGAUCUCUCCUAUACAAAACUCUUCCAUCCCUAUUUUAUCUUAUUUAAUUUUCCCGAUGAUAGUGAAGGCGAUCCAAAAAUAUAAAAUAUGUUUUUAGUUUAUGUAUACAUUUUAAAAUCCAAAUUAUACUGCAUCGGAAAAAGUUUCGACACGACUACUGUAACUAUCGGGUUUCAAAUAUUUUUAUGAGAUAUUACCUAUAUAUAUAUAACUUAAUUUAUGUGUUUAUAAUAUAACCUAAGUUCUACCUUAGCUAGAACGAUGGAAGAUUUUCAACUAUUUCAUAAUAUAAUUUAUUUUUUGAUAAACUUCACAUUAUUUUUUUUUGUAAAUUAUUUAUCGUUAUAAACUGGAUUGUUUAUCAGUGAAAAGGUACAAAACAAAGUUAAUAUAAACUAUUUUCUUAGUGUUUGCGAUU